AUGUUUGUUCGUAACGCUUUGAGUGGUAAUGUAACAAGAACGGUGCUUUCAAGAGGUCUACACGGCGGGCAAUCACUAUUCAAAGCGCAAGUGUUCGCGAUGCCCGCCAUGUCCCCUACAAUGGAAAAAGGAGGAAUUGUAGAGUGGAAGUUCAAGGUAGGCGAAAGCUUCUCAGCUGGUGACGUUCUGCUAGAGGUGGAGACGGACAAAUCCCAGAUCGACGUGGAGGCGCAGGAUGAUGGGAAAAUUGCCAAAAUUAUGGUUGACAACGGAGCCAAGGAUGUGAACGUGGGAGAACCUAUUGCGUACUUGGCAGAACCCGAUGACGAUCUAGUCACACUGGAACUCCCAACAAAAAGCGCAUCGGGGGAAGAAAAUCCCAAAAAUUCUAGCAAAUCAUCGCAGAAAGAUACUUCUAAAUCCUCACCUGAGAAGAAAUCAAGCGAGCCCAUCGCCAAGAGUGGAACAUCAUCGUUUGGGAAAGCCAACGCUUCUCAACUUUUGCUUCCCUCCGUGCAGAUGCUGCUCCACGAAAAUGGAGUAUCUACCGAGGACGCUCUAAGCAGCAUCAAGGCCUCGGGUCCCAAGGGCAGAAUCCUCAAGGGAGACGUACUGUCGUAUCUGGGCAAAAUCUCCCACGACUCUGUUACAAAACUUACGAAUUACAUCCAAAAGUUCGAAAAACUGGACUUGUCUAAUAUAGAAUUAAAGGUACCAGAGCCGCAGAAAAAGUUGGCCGAAACUACACCUGCCAAGCCUCAGCCCGUCGUGCUAUCGGAGCAAAUUCAUUUGAAAUUGGCACCAAACGUCACUGCUGAGCAGCUCGCGCGUUCCGUGAGAUCCUAUAUCAACGAGGCCAAAUACUUGUCUCACGAGCAACCUGUGGCCAAUAUGUUUUCGGACCACUACGAUGCCUUGUUCGAAGAAUUGAUCACACCUGAGCCAACCCAACCAAGAUUUCAAGUUGCUUACGAUCUUGUUCCACUAACCACGGGUGAUGUCGCCGUUCAGCAGCAAGAAGAUAUUUUCGACCUUCUAGCGGGGCCCUCUGGUAGAGCAAAUGCCGUCAAAACGGAUUCUGAGAUUCCUACAAGUAACGAGUUUUCGAUAAUCUUGGACGUCAAGGUCAGUGAUAAAUUCGACGACGCCAAGGCCAAGGCUGAGAGGUUUGUUGAAUACGUAAAGGAUUUAGAAAUCUCGGUAGAUAAUUAG